UCCGGCCUGGCCGGCUCCAUCUACCGCGAGUUCGAGCGGCUCAUCGGGCGCUACGACGAGGAGGUGGUCAAGGAGCUGAUGCCACUGGUGGUGGCCGUGCUGGAGAACCUGGACUCGGUGUUCGCGCAGGACCAGGAGCACCAGGUGGAGCUGGAGCUGCUGCGGGACGACAACGAGCAGCUCAUCACCCAGUACGAGCGGGAGAAGGCGCUGCGCAAGCACGCCGAGGAGAAAUUCAUUGAAUUUGAAGAUUCUCAAGAACAGGAAAAGAAGGACUUACAGACCAGAGUGGAAUCAUUAGAAUCUCAAACAAGACAACUUGAACUUAAAGCAAAAAACUAUGCUGACCAGAUUAGCAGACUUGAAGAAAGAGAAGCAGAACUGAAGAAGGAAUAUAAUGCAUUACAUCAAAGACAUACCGAGAUGAUCCAUAAUUAUAUGGAACACUUAGAAAGGACAAAACUUCAUCAGCUCUCAGGCAGUGAUCAACUAGAAUCUGCAGCGCACAGUAGAAUUAGUAGAAAAGAACGUCCUAUAUCAUUAGGGAUUUUCCCAUUACCUGCUGGAGAUGGACUGCUUACACCUGACACUCAGAAAGGAGGAGAGACCCCUGGAUCGGAGCAAUGGAAAUUUCAGGAAUUGAGUCAACCACGUUCUCAUACCAGCCUCAAGGAUGAACUUUCUGAUGUUAGCCAAGGUGGAUCUAAGGCUACUACUCCAGCAUCAACUACUAAUUCAGAUGUGGCAAUAAUUCCCCCUGAUACUCCCUUAAAGGAGGAUACUGAAGGAUUUGUGAAGGUUACAGAUACGCCAAAUAAGUUAGAAAUCAGCAAGCACAUUGAAGUACAGGUAGCCCAAGAAACUAGAAAUGUUUCUACAGGUUCUGCUGAAAAUGAAGAGAAGUCAGAAGUUCAAGCCAUCAUUGAAUCCACUCCCGAACUGGAUAUGGACAAAGAUCUCAGUGGAUAUAAAGGUUCAAGCACUCCUACCAAAGGCAUAGAGAACAAAGCUUUUGAUCGCAAUACAGAAUCUCUCUUUGAAGAACUGUCAUCAGCUGGCUCAGGCCUGAUUGGAGAUGUUGAUGAAGGAGCAGAUUUACUAGGGGAAUAUUCUGGAAUGGGUCGCGAAGUUGAGAAUCUUAUAUUAGAAAAUACACAACUUUUGGAAACCAAAAACGCUUUGAAUGUAGUGAAGAAUGAUUUGAUAGCAAAAGUGGAUGAACUGACCUGUGAGAAAGAUGUGCUGCAAGGGGAAUUGGAGGCCGUAAAACAAGCCAAACUGAAGCUAGAGGAAAAGAACAAAGAACUAGAGGAAGAGCUUAGGAAAGCACGUGCAGAAGCUGAAGAUGCAAGACAAAAAGCAAAAGAUGAUGAUGAUAGUGAUAUUCCCACUGCCCAGAGGAAGCGGUUCACUAGAGUGGAAAUGGCCCGUGUUCUCAUGGAAAGAAACCAGUACAAGGAGAGACUGAUGGAGCUUCAGGAAGCUGUUCGAUGGACAGAGAUGAUACGGGCAUCACGAGAAAAUCCAGCCAUGCAGGAAAAAAAAAGGUCAAGCAUUUGGCAGUUUUUUAGUCGACUAUUCAGCUCUUCAAGUAAUACUGCAAAGAAGCCUGAACCCCCUGUUAAUCUGAAAUACAAUGCCCCCACCUCUCAUGUUACUCCUUCUGUCAAGAAAAGAAGCAGCACCUUAUCUCAGCUCCCGGGGGAUAAAUCCAAAGCCUUUGAUUUUCUUAGCGAAGAAACUGAAGCUAGUUUAGCCUCACGUAGAGAACAAAAGAGAGAACAAUAUCGUCAGGUGAAGGCCCAUGUUCAGAAGGAAGAUGGCAGAGUGCAGGCUUUUGGCUGGAGUCUGCCUCAGAAGUAUAAACAGGUAACCAAUGGUCAAGGGGAAAAUAAGAUGAAAAAUUUACCUGUGCCUGUCUAUCUCAGACCUCUAGAUGAAAAAGAUACGUCAAUGAAACUGUGGUGUGCUGUUGGAGUCAAUUUAUCUGGUGGGAAGACCAGAGAUGGCGGUUCUGUUGUUGGAGCAAGUGUGUUUUACAAGGAUGUCACCGGUUUGGAUUCAGAGGGCAGUAAACAGCGGAGUGCAUCUCAGAGUAGUUUAGAUAAGUUAGAUCAGGAACUUAAGGAACAGCAGAAGGAGUUAAAAAACCAAGAAGAAUUGUCCAGUCUAGUCUGGAUCUGUACCAGCACCCAUUCAGCUACGAAAGUUAUCAUUAUCGAUGCUGUUCAGCCUGGCAACAUCCUAGACAGUUUCACCGUUUGCAACUCUCACGUUCUGUGCAUUGCAAGUGUGCCAGGAGCACGAGAGACAGACUACCCUGCAGGAGAAGAACUUUCAGAGUCUGGUCAGGUAGACAAAGCAUCUUUAUGUGGAAGCAUGACAAGCAACAGCUCAGCAGAGACAGACAGCCUGUUGGGAGGCAUCACAGUGGUUGGUUGUUCUGCAGAAGGUGUGACAGGUGGUGCCGCCUCCCCGAGUACCAACGGUGCUUCUCCAGUGAUAGAAAAACCACCAGAAGUAGAAGCAGAAAAUAGUGAGGUCGAUGAAAAUAUUCCAACAGCAGAAGAAGCAACUGAAGCCACAGAAGGCAAUGCAGGGUCAGCUGAAGAUACCGUGGACAUCUCCCAGGCCGGCGUGUACACGGAGCAUGUCUUUACAGAUCCUCUGGGAGUUCAAAUCCCAGAAGACCUCUCCCCUGUAUAUCAUUCAAGUAAUGACGCUGAUGCGUAUAAAGAUCAGGUAUCGGUAUUGCCGAAUGAACAAGACCUGGUGAGAGAAGAGGCCCAGAAGAUGAGUAGUCUUCUACCGACUAUGUGGCUUGGAGCCCAAAAUGGCUGUCUGUACGUCCAUUCAUCUGUAGCCCAGUGGAGGAAAUGUCUCCAUUCCAUUAAACUCAAGGACUCAAUUCUCAGUAUUGUACACGUGAAGGGAAUUGUCUUAGUGGCCCUGGCUGACGGCACUCUUGCAAUCUUCCACAGAGGAGUCGAUGGGCAGUGGGACUUGUCAAACUAUCAUCUCUUAGACCUUGGACGGCCUCACCAUUCCAUCCGAUGCAUGACCGUGGUACACGACAAAGUCUGGUGUGGCUAUAGGAACAAAAUCUAUGUGGUUCAGCCAAAGGCCAUGAAAAUAGAGAAAUCAUUCGAUGCACACCCCAGGAAAGAGAGCCAAGUGCGGCAGCUUGCAUGGGUAGGCGAUGGCGUGUGGGUCUCCAUCCGCUUGGACUCCACACUCCGUCUCUAUCACGCACACACCUAUCAACAUCUGCAGGAUGUGGACAUUGAGCCUUAUGUAAGCAAAAUGUUAGGUACUGGAAAACUGGGCUUUUCUUUUGUGAGGAUCACAGCUCUUAUGGUGUCUUGCAAUCGUUUGUGGGUAGGGACAGGAAACGGUGUCAUUAUCUCCAUCCCAUUGACAGAAACCGUAAUCCUUCACCAGGGACGUUUACUGGGGCUGAGGGCAAAUAAAACCUCAGGAGCACCAGGAAAUCGUCCUGGAAGUGUCAUCCGCGUGUAUGGUGAUGAAAACAGCGAUAAAGUGACUCCAGGGACAUUCAUACCCUAUUGUUCAAUGGCACACGCACAGCUUUGCUUCCAUGGGCACCGGGAUGCCGUGAAAUUCUUCGUGGCAGUCCCCGGUCAAGUCGUCAACCCACAAAGUGGCAGCAGUGGCACGGAUCUUACAGGUGACAAAACAGGGCCAUCGACACAGGAGCCUGGCAGCCAGGCCCCUUUGAAGUCUAUGCUCGUCAUCAGUGGAGGAGAGGGCUACAUCGACUUCCGAAUGGGCGAUGAAGGUGGAGAAUCGGAACUUCUUGGAGAGGAUCUUCCACUUGAACCUUCUGUCACCAAAGCGGAGAGGAGCCAUUUGAUAGUGUGGCAAGUGCUGUCUGGCAGUGAGUGAGCCCGUAGGACACAGCUGGAGAUGGGACGCCGUCUCUUCUGCAUGGUUUACUUUCCCCUUCCCCCUUUACUUAAUGCUCUUUCUGUGGAAUAAGUUUCACCACAUAACGUGUGAGCAUUUUUUCCUGUUAACUUUAUAUUACAAACUCUGCCCUACCGUAACAGUACAGAGGGACUAGCUGUUUUGUCACACCAGUGUUAUAGGCGAUUUCAGUGUAUUGCGAACAAAUCAAAGAGCGUUUACUUUCUGUCAGCCAGUGAGUGAUGGAAAGCAAUCCAGGUGUGGCUUACUCUGCCACCGUCUGAUGUCACUCACUUCCUUGGAUGGGGUCACUUUUUAGCUGUCACUAAUAAUGGAAUUAAUGAAAAACACUUGAUAAAUGAAACUGUACCAUUAAGGACAAUAGAGUUUUCCCCAAUGUAUUAUAAAAUUGACACACACUAAUAUCAGGUGGAUUAUCAGGAUUUAUCUAAGUGUCCCGAGGGGGCUAAAUGCUAACUGUAAAUUACUUUAACUUUCACUUUCAAAUCUGACAAAUCUUGUUUAUAUGGUAUAUAAAACUUUGUUUUCAUCAGAUUUUGGGGGGGUUUUAUAUUAAAGAAAUUAAGACUACACUAUUUAAAUAAAAGUUUCCUGUUUCUGACUAUUAGAGCUCGAAAGUUUAUGAGGCCUACUACUCUGAAUAUUCUGGUUUUGUUUUGUUUUGUUUUUGAGACUAGUUGUACUCAUUUUCGUACUGACAUGUCUGAAAAGUUUAUUAUUUAUAAAGCUUAGCAGAUACUUGCAGCACUGGGAAGAAUUUUUAAAGGGAAAUUAUGUUUUGUUGUCCUUCUACCAGAAGAUGGUGGUGGUUGGUUGAGUUUUUCUGUGUUAAAAAUUCACCUGUUUGCCAAAUGAUUGUGGACCGCUCUUACCUGUUCAUAAGAGUAAAACUAUUGUAGUGAGAGAAUCAGGCCUAACCAACUGAAUGAGGGGUUUGAUUUUAAAAUUUGCUUUCUUUUGUUCUGUAAACAACUACAGGACAGCUCGCACUUGGCAUUCUGAAUAUUAAUGACACAUUUAAGCUUUUGCGCCCUUUUGAGCUUAAAAUGCCAUCUUCAAAGGGGGAACCCAUGAAGGGGAGGAAGACAAAGCCAAGCUACCUUCAAGUAAAUGUUGAUAUUACAUCUUUCACUCACAAUGCCCAUUUUUAAAAAAUUGCUUAGAGUCCAGCUUUAGCUGAUUUUCUUGUUUGAUAAGUUUUGUAAAACCAUGAUGCUGUGGCCUUCUCCCUCUGAAGCUUAAAGACAUGUGAUUUGCCAUUUUUUAUUCACUACUCUAAGCAAAACUGAAUAUAAUUUUACAUACUAUUUUAAAAAUAUACACUUAUAGGGUAAAGGAUUUGUUCAAAGAAAAGAAAGCAGACACAGGUCCCAAAUUGUCUAAGCAUUCUUAAGUACCUGGAAUUUUUUUCUGAAUGAUUAUACAGAGAGACUAUACAGAGUGCACCAAGGACUUGCUGCCGGGUCCAUAAUCAGGGGGUCAACUGCAUGGGCUUUAAUAAGCUGGAAGGAGCCUCUGGACCUACUUGACCACAUGUGUCUAUAAGCACAUUAUGCACACAGCAGAAUUGUGGCCAAUAUAUGGUACAAGGCAAACAAACAAAUAAAAAGUUUUGAUAGAAGCUGUAUUAAAAGGAUAUUUUUUUGCUUGAGAUACUUAGUCACUUUUCUUCAGGGCACCAACAUGUAGGCCACAAUUCUAUAGCUUAUUUGCUGUUUUUCUUUUAUUUUAAAUCUUAGCCACUUUUGGCAGCACCUAUAAAAUCAUUAUUAAAUAUUUACUGGAAAUGUCUAAAUCCACAAGAACGAGACACCAAAGCGUUUGGGAAUUUCAGUCCCAACGAGACAGACCCCUAUAUUCAUUGUUCAGCCUUCUACAUGUUUGUGUGACCGAAUGUAACUUAGGAAAACAGGAGUUAAGGAUGAGGAUUGCAAACAUGUUACAGUGAUUGUAAUUGCCCUUUUUAAACUUCACGGCUUUAAUUUAAGGAAUAUAGGUGUGUAGUUAUUUUUUCUGAAGAUGUCAGAUUAUCUGUGGCCCUGUUAAUUAUCUUCAGGGACCAGAGAGAAAACAAAAGCACCUGUACAGUUUGUUUUUAAGACUUGUCCUUACAUUUGUUAUUCAGUUAAAUGCUUUCCACAGAGUGCUCCACUUCUUUUCUCCAAUAGCAGGUUUAUAUCCUUGUAAUGUUCACUUUAGUCGAAGAGGUAACCUCAGGAAGAAAUGCCCAAGUGUCAGCCUCUGGCAAACAGCCAAGGGGAAUGAACUGCCUGCACUGCACGUCACGGGCAAGGGAGAGGCCGAGUACACGCACAGAACUGUGCUCCUCUGGCAGAGAUUAGGGUACCUGAGAACUCUCGUUUUCUCCCCUUGGUUAUGUAUGAGGUUACGCUGUGUGAAAUUGCCACCGUGAGACCUUUGCCAGUCUACCCAGAUGGCAAAAUCGUGAGCUUCAACCUAAAACUUAACUAUUAAAUGCAGAUUAAAAUCUCUGUGAGGCAAAGGGAGAAUACUUUCUAGGAGCUCAGUUUCAAGAUGUAUUUUUCUCUAACUUGUGUGGAUCUGCGUUUUAAAAUAGGAGUGAAUCUCUUAAUAGCUGCGGCUUUUAAAACAUUCUGAGCACAAAAUACGCAGCAGGUGACUCUCAGACUAUAUUUGCUAGGAAUGGUUCAAGUACAUCCUCUCAGUUGCUGUACUGUGUCCAUUUCUUCCUACAUUUGGGAAUAGAACCUUUAUCAUAGGCUGCCUUAGUAACAAUACAAAGCAAAACUUCUCAGAGUACUGACCGUCCUAAGAAUGUGUGUCUUGCAAAUGGCGUGGAAUUGAAUAUUUAUUUCCUCGUGAGUAUUAUGACCGUUACCAAAGGACUCAACCAGAUAUAGGGCUCUUCUUAAUUGAUCAUGUUGAGGAAGGGACU